AUGACAGACGUAAAAAAAUCUAAUGAAUUGGCAAAUAAAGAAUUACAAACACUUUUAAAUAUUAAACAUAUUCGUCAACAUUUAAUUAAUGUUGGUUUGAAUACUAGACAAGGUCGACGUUCAAAAUCACCGAAUAAUUAUUCAAUUGAUCGACGACGUAGGAGUACUACAAUAUCUCGAACAAGACAAAGAAGUAGAUCUCAGUCACCAACACGCCUUUCAUCAUCUAAUCAAUCAACACGUGCAAAGAGUGUUUUGGUGCGUCGUACUGUCAGUCCAAAGGUGAUAUUAGAUUAUUUACUUCUUAGACUAACUUCAAUUAGUCAUCGAUGUAUAGUAACAAUGAUAUAUUAUGGAUCACAUACAAAUAUUCCUUAUGAACGUAGUUUUUUUCAACCUGAAGGUGAUGAAAUAAUUAUUAUGCAACAACAUUGUGGAGGAGAAAAUGUUAUUGUUUAUAAAGGUUCAUUAAAACCUAAUAAAACAUUCCAAUUUGAAUCUCAACGACAUGCGGAGUAUCCAUUUGCAUUAACAUUUUAUGUAAAUGGUCUUAUCGAUAAUCGUUUAUCAAUUUGUUGUGAGUAUAGAUAUAAACAUAAUGUACGAAUAGGUGGAAAACGUGGUCUUUUUGGUAUCAUAAAUGUUCUAAAAUCAAAAGCAUCAAAUUCUCCAGAUUUUCAUAUACUUGGAGAAAAAAUUCAUUCAUCAAUGUCAGCACAUCAUAAAAAUGACCAUCCAAUAUCAAAAAAUAAUCGUAACUUAAAAGCCAUACAAUUUUUAGCUAAUUCAUUUUAUAUUUUUAUAUUAAGCUAA